AUGUCCCGCAAGAGAAAGCAAGAGGAGGAGGAGGAGCUCGUCUCCCUCCCUGAAGAUGAUGAUGGUGAGGAGGAGGAAGAGUACGUCUCCACCGCAGACGAAGAAGAGCAAAGCGAAGAAGACGAGGACGCUGAGGAGGAGGAGGAAGAUGACGAAGAUGACGAAGCUGAUGCAAAGGCCGAGCCUCCCGUGAAGAAGCGCAAGACGGCCGAGGCAGACACCAAAGAGACCAAUGGCGACGCCGAGGAGGAGGAGGAAGAGGGUGACGAUGACGCUGAAGCUGAAGGCGACGAGGAGGACGCCGAGGGCGAUGAAGACACUGCCGAUGUCUCCGCUCCAGCCAAGGACGGCGUCAAGACUGCUGAGGCGCCUGCUGCUGCUACUGAGACCCCAGAGCCCAAGGCGGUUACAGCUGGUGGUGACGAGUAA